AUGCAAUCGGAGACCAGGAAUGAAUUCCAGUCCACAGAAAUAAUUAAAUAUCAAAGGGAUGCACGUUUUCAUAAAGAAAAGUGCGGAACAAAUAUUGUGGCUCAAACUGUUUAUCAAUCAGUAUUAAAACAAGAACAAAGCUUAUUUGUUACUUGCAUUCUACAUGCUGAUGGAGCUCCAAUAACAAAACGUAUUAGGAAUUGUAAAAGUAUGUGGAUAUUGCAAUUAUUUAUAGCUGAACUGCCCCCUUGUAUACGUUUUUCAAAAUCAAAUAUUAUGUUAUUAUCAAUAUGGACUGGGUCGUCAAAAGAAGGAUUUAAUCUUUUUCUUUGUGAUAUCGUAAAAAAAUUAAACAGUGUUCAGAAAGAUGGUUUAUUGAUAAAUAUCGAUCAAACUCAACGUAUCAUUCCAAUUCGUUUUCAGUUCUAUACUGGAGAUCUUCCUGCUCUGGAAACAAUGACAAACACUGUGCAACAUGGUGGUUAUCAUGCCUGUAUCUCGUGUAACAUUCAUGGUGAAUACGAUCACCAUCAGAAAACGGUACUUUACAUCCCAACAGGAAAUGAAAAGGAAAGAACACAGAGUGAUUACUACAAGCAUGUUGAAGAAGCUGAAAAAUGUACAACACGUCGUUCAGUAAGUGGUAUAUUUGGUUAUUCUAUAUUUGAACCUAUAUUUUCACAACGAAUUUUAACAUCAAUUAAACACGAUUAUAUGCAUUCGUCCUUGCUAGGCCAAGGAAAAAAAAUAUUAAUGAGUGUUGAUUUAGAUGUUAGGCAAGCCAAUAUUAUUGAUACAACUUUACUAAAUUUGACACUGCCAGAUGAAUUCCAUCGUCGUCCGCGUUCGAUUCAACGGUGUAGUUCAUGGAAAGCUCAAGGUUAUCGUACUGUUAUUUUGUAUUUAUGCCCGGUUAUUCUACGUGAUGUUCUCUCUGCUGAUCAUUAUGGACAUGUUCUGUUAUUUGUGUGUGCUAUCAGACUGUUACAUUGUGACUAUAUUAUUUAUAAGCAAGCUGAACUAGCGGAUAUUUUAUUGAAGACUUAUGAAAAUACAAUUGAUGAUUAUUAUGAUAAAAAAUUAUCAACCCUUGUGUUACAUGUUCAUCGACAUUUUUCAAAAGAAUUUUCGCUACAUGGAAUAUCACAUUUAAUUAAACAAAUAGUCGAUCAUUAUGAAAUCGAUCUUACAAUCGAUUCGAUAGAAAUAAACAACGAUCAACUCGAUGACGCUGGUGAUGAACAGUUAGAAUAUAUGUCAGAUAUUAUUUCUGACAGAUUCAAAAUACAACAUCCUAACAUUUGUAUCAGUUGUAAACAAAGUAUUACAUAUUACCAACAUAUGAAGCUUCAACGUGUUCAGUAUCAUGCUAGGUGCUAUACUCGUCGUGGCUUGGUCAACAAUUAUAUAAUUGCAUAUAAUAAUAGCAUUAGUGAUUGUGAAUAUGGUUAUAUUGAUUCAUUUGUUAAAUGUCAUUGCGGUAAAUUUAUAUGUGUAACUAAAUUAAGAAAACUAUCGUCAUUAACGGAUUAUUUAAAAGACUCAUGUUUUCAACCACUUCUUCAACGUAUAAUCGAUUAUUUCUUUUAUAUUGUACAAGAAACACGCGAAACUAUUCUUAUUAAAACAGAAGAUAUCUGGAGAAAAUGCGUUAUAUGUACAUUUGAUAACAAUCAUUUAAUAUCACCGGUGUCAGCAACAUAUGAACAUGACUGA